GGAAGGUGAAGGAGAAGAAUGCAUUAGACUGAGAGAAAAUAAACCAGAAGUCUGCUGGAGAGAAGAUCUCAUUCAAGACGUGAGCAGAACCCAUUCAGACUGCUUUCAAACAGGAUCAAGAUGUUGCCGGUGUCACCCUUCAUGUCCCUGCUCCUCCUGUGUGUGAUGGGGUCCGUCUGCACCACAUCUGUCAGUCCGUCACUGCAUCGGCCUCCUCUCACACGUGUUCGCAUUAUCGAAGUCGAGGACGACUACGAUGAAGAAAGUUCAAAGACGACGCUGUCGCCAGGGGUCACGACCUCUCGUGUGAUCCGUCGACCUUGUGAUUAUGACCCCUGUGCCGUUCAAAUGACCCCUUGCGAAAAGAUUUCAGCCCAGACGGGCUGCCUCUGUCCUGGGUUGACGGGGCCAGAGAAGAGACCCGAGGCUCCUGAGCUCCGGGAGGUGAAGCUGGACGGAUCCGGCGAAGUGUCUGUGCAUUGGUGUGCUCCUCGCUCCACCGUCACCUAUUAUGAAGUCACACUGAAAGAUGGAAACAAGCAGCUGGUUUUCGGAGAAUAUUUCAGAAAUGGUGCCGUACCCGGGCUGAAAGUCGGGGAGACGGUGUGUGUGGCAGCUGGGAAUAAAGUGGGAGUCAGCGAGAAGUCGUGUGCACGAUAUGAGCCGCCACAACCUGACCAGGCAGCUCUGAGCGCAGGGAUCAUCGCGGGGAGCAUCGGCUUCCUGCUGCUGCUUUCAGCGCUCGCUGUUAUACUGUGGAGACGAAGGUCGUGUCAAAAAGGCAGGAAGGGAGACGCCGAGGGCCUCGGAAAUCCUUCAUACACCAAUGAUGGAGCACUGUGAUAGGAAAACAAAUGCAUGGAGAAUGAAACAAGUUGCAAAGAGACUGAGUUUUGUACAAGUGCGCUAUUGGUCAAAAGACUGGAAUAAUAAAGAUUUUUUUAAUGUUUUUGAAAAAAGUCUCUUCUUCUCAC